AUGCAUAUAUUUCUGGGAUGUGCGGACUAUGAUGUGCCUCUGGAGAAGGAGAAGAAGAAGAAGAAGGAGAAGAAGGAGAAGAAGAAGAAGAAGAAGAAGAAGAAGAAGAAGAAGAAGAAGAAGAAGAAGAAGAAGCUAUCGAUUCCGCGCUUGCUGUUGAAAACCCCUUUAGUUGAGACAACGGUCAAGGAAAAUUUGGCUUUCGUUUGA